GAGCUAUAUAGACAGCUGUGCUGUGGGUGCUCUCUUUGCCACUUCCUGUAAGGAAGGAGAAUAUCCCACAAGUAUGGAUGAAUCCGUGGACUCGAUACAUCACAAGAGAAAUAAAUUUAUAAAGAUUGUUAAGAGGAAACUAUAUUGAUCUAGUACCUCUAGGAGAAGAGACUUAGUUGGAAGAGGACAAUGAAUCCAUUAUAGAACCUCCCAACAUUGAGACACCAACCCAUUCAAAAUCUUGUGGAAAGAGAAGUAAGAGCACCAGAUCAACUAGUUGAACAAAAACUAACUGAAACUAUAUAUACAUGAGAGCUGCAAAUUGUUAUGGGGUAUUGAAGUACCGGAGGUGUUUAGGAGUGAAUAAGUUAACUCCUACAAAUGUAGUGAGAUGGAGCAUUGACUUUGCAAUUUCGUUACUAAGAUUAACUUUCCUUCAGCAAAGAACACUAUGUAACACUACAUUGUGCAUUUUGCAUUUUUGGAUUAAUCAUUCCUGGUUUAAAGCACGCCAAAAUUAGUUCCUACUUUCGUCAUAGGAACCGGCCCUAAGUGAUUUAUCAGCAGCUAGCCUCACUAUUGAGCUGUUAUUUAUUAAGUUAUUUUGAAGCUGCAAGCAUGGAAAUACAACCACAAAAAGACUUUUACUCUUUGCAAACAGUUAAAGACUGGAACAUAGACUAUCUUGAUUUAGAGGAACUAUUUAACUCUGACAUUGAUAUCAUUAAGCUUACUGAUUUAUUCCAGACAAUGGAGAGACUGAAAACCAAAGAACAAAGGCUAUGUUUAGACAAGUGGCUGUUUGACAAGUAUAUUAAAAGGGGAAUGGUCCCAAGAGGACUAAAAAUACAAAAGUUCCCCACAUUUUUUGUAGAAGAUAAGAAUUUUGUAAAUAAAUGGAAUUAUGUAUUAACAGAAUGUUCUCCGAUUGAUGGGUCUAUUGAUAAAAUAUAAAGUGGAACAGUUGUCCAAAAUUAAAGGGAUAGUAAACCCCAAAAUGUUCUUUUAUGAUUCAGAUAGAACAUACAAUUUUAAGCAACUUUCCAAUUUAUAGCUAUUAUCAAAUGUUCUUCAUUCUCUUGUUAUCCAUUGCUGAAGGGACAGCAUUGCACUACUGACAGGAAGCUGAAAAUUAAGCUGAAACUGACAGGAAGCUGAUUAAGCUUGGGAAUAAUGAGGACAUUGUUAUAAAGAGAUCCGACAAAGGGAGUAGUGUGGUAGUAUGUGAUAGGGACUGGUACAUUUCUGAGUCAAAAAGACAGUUAAGUGACACAGAUGUCUACCAGAAAGUACCAACAAAUCCAACAGUAUCUAUCCAAAGCAAACUACAUUCUAUUUUAGACGAUGGUCUAGAAUAUGGAUUUAUCGAUAGAGCCACCUUUGAAGGGUUAUAUGUGGAAUUCAAAAGUAACCAUUGCAAAACAUUGUAACAGCGGCGCAGUGGCUAAUUGUGAUUGACACACAUUCCAUCAAAUAGAAAAGAUGUUUGAAACCGGCAUCCAAUAAAAAGGAUGGUAUUCAAGGUGUCGUUAGCACCUGGAAGAAGCUCCAUGCUGCACUGACUGGAGGAGCGAAACGAGCGUUUGGACUCGUCGUGCUUGGCAGCCUUUUACAGCAGAUUCCCUGCUCAUCCUGACUUACCCCUGAGGUUUGGACGCUUUGAGAGUGAGGCAGCUAGGAGGAGCGACCGCGUGAAUAAAUACAGGUAGAAUAUGUGAUAUGCAUCUGUGCACUGAAUAUUACUGUCUGAAGAGGAAACAGUACCUGUGAAUAAAGACGCGUGUUUUCACUGCUCCUCCUAUGAUAUGCCUUUAACGCACUAUUUCACUCAGUAACAUUUGGGGUUAAAGUCUGAAGUGACUGGUCUCUAUACACCGGGGACUGUAUAACUGCAUCCAUUUUGCAUUAACGCUGCACCUGUUGGAUUACAAAUAUCUGCAAUUCUUAAAUGGACUGUCUUUUGUCUAUUUUCCCUGGUGCACCAGAUAAUUUUUGGCCAGUACUUUAUACCACUUUUUUGUGCGGGAUCCACUGUAUGAAUGUGAAUGUGUGUUUUGUGCAUACAGUUAAUUAAAUAAAUAUUUAUAUCGUUUUUGACAUAUAGGCUUUUGUGUAUUUAUUCAAUUUUACAGUUGUGCUGGAUUUACCUAGACUUUUGGGAAUUUCUUAUUGUGGAGUUCCCACUUUCUUUUCUAUGUUGUUUCAUAUGUACUUUUCUAGAAAAUACCUGUUCUUAAGUGACUCAAUCUAUUAACCCAGUAGUGUGCAACUCUUUUCCUGUUUCUUUUUGUCUACUAAAUUUACUAGCUCCGAACAAGAGUAAUUUCUACCUUGGAGUUUCUGAGUUUGCACCUUCUAAAAAUAUUAAAAUAUUAAUUAUAAAACAUUUUUUCAAUUUUAUUAAAAUUAUUUUAAUAUUAAAAAAAGCUUUUUUGCCAAACCGUAAUUUUGAGAUCCUAUAUUUUUUGAUAUGGCAUUUAAAUUAUCAGAUGAACGUUGGUCUACUGAUAUUAAUGAAGCCUUUACAAUAACUGGAGAUGUGCAGAUAGAGGGGGAAGAUGAGGCUAUACAUGAUGUCGUUUCUGCAUUUAAACUUUAUAAGAAAAAACUGACUUAACAAAUAAAAAUUAAAUGGGAACAUCAAAGUCUUACUAAUUAUUUAAAGAUGGAGAUAAUUCCUAGAGGUUUGAGAAUCCGCUUAGACCCUGGCAUUAAUUUGCGAGGUUUGGAUGCGGAUAAUGAAUUUAUAGCUAAAUGGAAUGAAAUAUUAACAAAAUGCUCACUUGAUCUGAUUGCCUUAAUAAUAGAGGAGGAUGGGAAUAAAUUGGAAAAAUGUAAGAAAGAUGUGGAUGAUGUGUAUGAAUGUUUGCACAAAUUUGAAAAUGACACAUCCUUUGAGAAAUUAAACAGACACAAAAACUUAUAGAAAAAUUACAAGGGGAAUUAAAAACAUGCAAGAGGAGGAAAUUAAUAAGGGAUCAAGAAGAUUAUAGGAGAAAUAAAAUCUACAUAUAUAGGAAUAGAAUCAAUACAAGAAAUUAUUAUGAUUCGGGCACAGACAAUUCUGACAUGGACUCUGAUGGUGAAAAUAAAAACAGUGGCACAAAUAAUCAACGUAUGCACCCUUUAGGGGUAGGACUAGACGAGGUGGGAGGAGGAGGCACGGGAGGGCAAUCCCAAGAGAGGAGAGAAGGAAGAGGGAGGGAGAACAGAUGACAUCACGGUCAGUAUAUGAUGACCAAAAAUCGCAUGAGAUACAACUAGAAAAGGAAAGUGAUUCACUUUUGGGCCCUCAGCCCCCCUCUCAUAAAAUGGGUAUUGUCAACCUUUCCUCAUUCCCCCUAAAUCGUGAACAUAUAAAAGUAUUGGAAAAGGGACUUAGCUUCUGCCCUUCUAACAGUCUAGAUUUAUUUGAAGUCACCAAGGAUUUACAUCUCUUUGCGAGAAAACUCGCUUUAAAAAAGAUCAUGACACCAAAAAUCCAAAUAGAUCUGGCUUGUAGAAAAGAGAGGGAUACUUUGGAUUGUCUAGAAACUCUCCUCUAUGAACAGAGUAAUGAAAUUACAGAUAUCCUCCCUAAAACAGAUUUAAAGAAAAAAUCCACCUACAUGCCCUCUUUUUCCUCCAUUCCUAAUAUUUCGGUUUUUGUUCAAAAUGUUUCUCAAGAAUUGACACAAGUUCAAACUACAAAGAUUGUCAAUGAUAAUCUUACUAAAUCUGAACGAAGAGCCCUUAAAGAACUGAUUAAUCAUCAGGAAUUGGUCAUAAAACCGGCCGACAAGGGGGGUAAUGUUGUUAUUCAUUCUCAAGAAUACUACAUUAAAGAAGCAAUGCGGCAACUACUUGAUGAAACUCAAUAUGCCAAAUCUUCUUUUGAAGAAUUUCAUAAAUCCCAUAAUGAACUUCUUUUCCUAUUGAAUGAAGCACGUAGAAAUAAUUUGAUUACAAGUCAAGAAUUUGUUUUUUUAUAUAAUCAUAAACCAAAAACACCAGUCUUCUACUGGAUACCAAAGUUACAUAAAUCCAUUAAAAAUCCACCGGGACGCCCCAUCAUUUCUGGGAUGGGGGGCCCCACUGAAGGAAUAAGUAACUAUAUUGAUAGGUUUUUGCAGCCAUUUGUAAAUGACUUACGUACCUUUGUUCAAGAUUCAACAGAUGUGAUCAAGAAACUUGAUGGGAUCAAUGUCACUGACAAGACCAUUUUGGUCUCGUUGGAUGUUGAAUCUUUGUAUUCUUCCAUUCCCCACUCUAUUGGAAUUGCAACUUGUGAAAAAUUUCUGAACACAAGAGGAGUGGGCUAUGGAAAACAUUCUAAAUUUGUAAGUGAACUUUUGAAAUUUGUUCUGGAAAACAAUAUUUUCGUCUUUGAUGGCAAAUAUUACAAACAGAAACAAGGGACAGCAAUGGGGGGCUACAUGUGCCCCAACUUAUGCUUGUUUACAUCUUGGUGAAUGGGAAGAUCAAAUUGUUUUUGGCGAACAUUCAGACAUAGUUGAGGCGCAUGUAGCCCUCUGGAUUAGAUAUGUGGAUGAUAUCCUCCUGCUAUGGGAUGGCAGUGAGGAGGAUCUACUUAAAUUUGUUUCCCUCAUGAAUAAUAAUAAUCUAAAUAUCUUUUUGACGUAUAGUUAUGAUUCUAGUACUAUUAAUUUUUUGGACUUAAAAAUUAAUAAGAACGAAGGUAAAAUUGAAACAGAAGUGUUCCGAAAACAGACUGCAUCAAAUAGCCUGCUCUUGGGAACGAGUCACCAUCCUGAAAAUCUUAAGAGGGGUAUUCCCUAUGGGCAAUUUCUGCGGCUACGCAGAAUUUGUUCUAGAGACCAAACCUUUAAACAACAGGCAAAAGAUAUGGCGACUCGCUUUUUGGAGAGAGGCUAUUCUAAAAGAUGCAUAAAAAGAGCACUCUACAGAGCAUCUCAGCAUCAAAGAAAAGAUCUGUUGUAUCAAAAGAAAACCAAAAGUGAGAAUGUGGAAGACACUAAAAUCAGAUUUAUCACUAAAUAUAAUGCCCACUGAAGUAAAGUUAAAAACAUUUUAAAUAACAACUGGCAUUUGCUGUCUAAUGAUUCUACAUUGCACCAACAUGUGGGAGACUAUCCCCUAAUGACAGCAAGGAGACCUAGCAAUUUGAAAGAUCUCCUUGUUAAGAGCGAAUUCAACAAAGUUCCUACAUGUAACUGGUUAGAACGUAACGCUCAAAAGAUAGUUGGUAGUUCCCCCUGUAAUCACAGUUUUCUGCAUGAAUUGACAGCAGACACAAAGACCUUUAGCACAAAUACAGGAGUCACAUACAAAAUCAACUCAUUCAUCAAUUGCUCUACAAAAGGAGUCAUAUAUCUUCUCUAUUGCUCGUGUAAAUAUUUUUAUGUGGGCAAAACUUUUAGAGAAUUACGCUCCCGCAUUACAGAACAUAGAGAUGAUGUAAAGGACUUCAAUAUUGAUAGCCCAGUGGCGAGACAUUUUGCUCAAUUUCAUAAAUAAAAAACGGAUGAACUCUGUUUUAUUGGAAUAGAAUCUGUUAAACUAAGCAUGCGUGGGGGGGAUAUUGAUAGAAUUCUUUUACAAAAAGAAACAAGAUGGAUGUACAAACUGAACACCCUGUCUCCCAAUGGCUUAAACGAAAAAUUUGAAUUUGCUUCCUUUUUGGGCUAAUUCCUUAUACCUAACUUUGUCUGCACACCUCCAUUUAUAUCUAUAUCUGUAUAGAAGAUGGGAUCUCAAAAUAAAUAAAAAUCAUAAAUAUAAAUCAUCAUAAAAUUGUAAACAUAUAUUUCUAUGAUUAGCUAAAUUGCACAUAUUAACUGUUAGAGUAAUUUAACACACAUACCUUUAUUUAUAAAGUAUUGUCUUUUUAAAUAUUGCACAAUGGUGCAUUAAGAAUAAAAUUGUUUUUUAGAAUAUUUUGUAUAUAUGAAUUGUUGCGGAUGUGUGUGUGAGUGAGUGUUUUCAACAUUGAAGUGUAUUCAAUUAAUUUCUGCUAUGGAAUACUUCACCUUGGUUACACGAGAAGCCCUGCAUAUAACUGUAUUCAAAAGUAACCAUUGCAAAACAUUGUAACAGCGGCGCAGUGGCUAAUUGUGAUUGACACGAAUUCCAUCAAACCUCAAAUAGAAAAGAUGUUUGAAACCGGCAUACAAUAAAAAGGAUGGUAAUCAAGGUGUCGUUAGCACCUGGAAGAAGCUCCAUGCUGCACUGACUGGAGGAGCGAAACGAGCGUUUGGACUCGUCGUGCUUGGCAGCCUUUUACAGCAGAUUCCCUGCUCAUCCUGACUUACCCCUGAGGUUUGGACGCUUUGAGAGUGAGGCAGCUAGGUAGAGCGACCGCGUGAAUAAAUACAGGUAGAAUAUGUGAUAUGCAUCUGUGCACUGAAUAUUACUGUCUGAAGAGGAAACAGUACCUGUGAAUAAAGACGCGUGUUUUCACUGCUCCUCCUAUGCUAUGCCUUUAACGCACUAUUUCACUCAGUAACAUUUGGGGUUAAAGUCUGAAGUGACUGGUCUCUAUACACCGGGGACUGUAUAACUGCAUCCAUUUUGCAUUAACGCUGCACCUGUUGGAUUACAAAUAUCUGCAAUUCUUAAAUGGACUGUCUUUUGUCUAUUUUCCCUGGUGCACCAGAUAAUUUUUGGCCAGUACUUUAUACCACUUUUUUGUGCGGGAUCCACUGUAUGAAUGUGUGUUUUGUGCAUACAGUUAAUUAAAUAAAUAUUUAUAUCGUUUUUGACA